AUGCCCAUUCCUCCCCCGCCCCCUCCUCCCCCCGGACCCCCACCUCCCCCCUCGGCCAACAUCACUCCAAAGCUCAGCUCAACGGAGGCCAAGGGCCGCGGGGCUCUUCUCAGUGACAUCCACAAAGGAGCCAGACUCAAGAAGGUCGCACAAAUCAACGACCGCAGCGCUCCGAUCAUCGAGAAGUCCGGUGGAGGUGGAGGUGGCGGCAGCAGUGGAGGAGGUGGAGGAGGUGGAGGAGGUGGAGGAGGAGGAGGUCCAAUGGGGAUGGGAGGUCUGUUCCAAGGAGGAAUUCCCAAACUGCGCUCAGUAGCAGAUGGACCGACCGGUUCCGUGGGCCGCUCCGCUCUGCGCCCGCCCGGUGCCCGCUCCUCGGCUCCACGUCCCCCCAGAGGCCGCAGCCCCUCCCCCUCGCCUCCGGAGCCUCAGCGAUCGCAGAGACCCUCGCUGCCCGACAUCACCCGGCCCCCCUCCAGCGGCAUGAAGCACAGCUCGUCUGCCCCGCCCCCGCCGCCGCCAUUCAACCGCCAAUCAAACGCCCCGCCACCACCCCCUCCACCGGCCAAUCAGAAGAACUCUCAUUCACACAGCCGAGAGAAGCCCCGCCCCCCCACACCCAGCCGAGGCUCGGACCGUCCCUCCUCAAACAGGCCUCAAUCUGGGGGCACCCCGGCUCCUCCCCCUCCCCCUCCGUACCGGCUGAACGGGCCGUCGCACGUAGACGCUCCGGAGCUGCCACAGAGACACAACUCUCUGCAGAAGAAACACACGUCCAGCAGCAGCAGCCAUCAGAGCCGCAGCCACGCCCCGCCCCCUCCCCCCGCUCCAGCCAAUCAGACGCCACGACCACCACCACCCGCCAGAGAGCCGCCGGGACGCAGGACGGCCCCACAAGCUCCUCCCUCCUCUGGUUCCCGUAGUAACGGCUCUCGUGACGCUCCCCCUCCUCCUCCUCCGUACCGCGGCCACAGCUCGGAGCCUCCCAGUCGGAUGGGGAAACCUCCUCCUCCUCCCUCCUCCUCCUCCAGCUCCUCUCUGAACUCCAGGACUCCGGCCGGACCACCGCCUCCACCUCCACCCAUACGCAAUGGCCACACCUCCCACAUGACCCACUCCAGCCACUCAAACCUCUCCAAGUCCAUUCUAGAUGAUUUUGAAUCAAAGUUCAACUUCCACCCGAUCGAAGACCUUCCGCCUCCAGAGGAGUACCGGCAUUUCAACAAGGUCUAUCCCAGCAAACACAACAAGGCUCAGAUGAGAGGAGCCCCGCCUGCGCCCCCUGUGGGCUCCAGGUGA